CAACAAACAGUACCAGAARGCGGUGUCCAAAGCUAACAGGGUCCACGUCUUCUUGGGUUACAUGUAUGAGGGGGGSCGGCGCAAAGAAAACUGGCUCUUCCUGGAUGACCUGGAGCGCACACAGAGGUGGCCCGCGGAGCUGGCUAAAGCGAACAGGUCGGUCACUACGGUCAACGUGUACCUGAAAAACGUCCAUCAGUUCCUGCAGUACUUCAUGGAAACACCACCGGACCCCUGCAGUCUGACAAGGAGCKAGCAGGCUGGUGUGGCCAGAGCCCUGAAGAGCUGCCUCCGCGACCUGAGCAGGGAAGUGGUCGUGCACCAGAUCUCCGUGAAGGAUGCCAAAGUGUCCAGGGCCGUAACGCAGCAACACCUCACCGCGUGCAAGCAGCUGGCCUCCCGCAGGAUACCAGAGUUGCUGGACAUGCUGGAGGARGAAGACGUCCCAAACGUCAGGCACCGGUUUUAUGGUUACAUGGCCGCCUUCAUAUCAUCCAUCUACGGGCACAGAACAGGUGUGAUUGCCAACAUGAAGGUGGAAGAGCUGGAGGCGGCGAGAAACGCAUCUCCGGAYGGAAGCCACGGCGUUGUCAUCAAUGCCACUCACGCCAGGAACUGCCACAAUCCGGAUGYGCGCCACAAACUGGCACGUUUCAUGUGCCACGACACCUCCACAGCUGACCGGUUCUAUGCCCUGCACCUCUCGCAAGACCAGUCCAGAAACAUGCGGGAGCUUUUCGAAGAAGCCUGCAGGCCCCACGCGUCUGAGCCACCAGCAUCUGAAUAAAAUAAAGUCACUUAAAUCUUG